UGGAGACCGUUUCUGUUGCUCUAGGAGAAGCGACUCCUGGGAUGCCCCUCUGAAUAAAGACGCUCGAAGUGCGGAGUGACUAGAAGGGAGCCAAGGCGGAAAACUAGGGAACGGGAGAUAGAUAAAGUGGCCUCGUGAAUAGGAAUGCCUGCCCGAAUAUCAGAAUUGGAGAUCAUGGAUGAAGAUCGAUUAACCGAAGAAGUCUUGGAUAAGUUUGUUAAUUGUCAUGAACAAACAUAUGAAGAAUUUCUGAGCACUUUUACUCAUCUUUCAAAAGAGGAUAACGUGACCAAAAGAGGAGCAUUUGGAACUGAUUCUUCAGAAAACGUAUUUCCUUCAGAAGAGGAACAGAUAGUGAUAGAUGAAGGCCAAAAAGUUGGCAGUACCUUUCAAGGUGAUCUGAAUCGGGCAGGAAAGGUGAAGGUGGACAAUUUCCUAGAUUUAGAAGAUUUGGACAUAGAUGAAGAGACUCAGCCCCAAAUGAGCAAGGAUUUGCUGCUGCUUCCAGGAGAAGUGGAGGAGGACGUCCACACACCUGUUCCACCUUACAUUCCUUCCGUGGCCCAGCCCUUCACCCCUGAGGUCGAGCUGGUGCCCACUGGGAGAGGGGCACACAAAGAAAUGGAAGAGGUACUUGGAGAUGAAGUUCAGCCCUUCUCACUUGAUGAAGAAUUUGAUUAUGAUGCUGUGACGCUAACCCCCAAGUUCACGCCUGCCGAGAGAGAGGCGAUCACGGAGCUAUCCAAGCAACAGAGGCAGAUCACCAACACAGGUUUAGAGGAACCCCACGCCUGAUUUCACCAAGACACCUUUGUGUUAAUGUUUACUGUGUUGUUAUGCAAGCAGCAUCGGAAUAAAAGGUAGACCUACCAGAACUCC